UCCACUUUAUUUCACUGAAUUGUUUGACAUAUGGGAUGAAGUUCUGAAAACAAACUGGAUCCUGUUGUCAUUUGUUGUGAAUUAGCGCAACGUUUAAAAACUGGACUGAAAUAAUUAUGCGGAAGAUGCUCUUAUUCUGAAGGGUCUGGCCGGAAACAGUACUUUCCCCGUUACUUUAGAGUCCCAGAGGCUCCAAGGAGAGAAAGACCCGCUGCUGACGGAGAGGAAGGACUUCACCCCAACAGGACCGGAACCAGCCCCAAAGCCCUCCGAGAACUGGACCGAACGGAACCCGAACAGAACCGACUCGGUUCUGUUCGGAACUUUGGGCCGGAGCUGCUGUUAUCUUCAGCGGGAACGCAGAGGAAUGGGUCGGCCGAGGAAGAAACCCUCCUGUGGGUGUUCAGAGUGAAACCGACCCGAGGGAGGAAGAGGAGCAGUGAGGAGGAAGACUCGGUUCCGAACAGGAGGACGGGAUGAAGAUGGGGGGAAGAGGAGGAGCGGCGCUGCUGGAGCUCUGCGGGGUUCUGCUGCUGCUGGCCGGAAGCUGUCACUGCCGAGACUCUCAGCAGACCGAGCAUCUGGCCUCGUACCAGCUGACUGCUCCUCGGCCAAUAGGAGGCCGGCUGAGGCGGGACGCUGAGGGCAGGCCGCCCAAUCAGAGAUCCGCAGCAGCGUUUGGCAGAAACGCCUGGACUGGGUUCAGAAAUCCUGCUGUCUCCAUGGCAACCAUCGGAAACGCCACGAAGCGCCGCCUGCUGUUUACAGUCGGCAACUGUUACCGACUGCUGGACCAGAACCGGGCCCCCAGUUUCACUGGACCAGAACCAGGCCCCCAGUUUCACUGGACCACAACCGGGCCUGGACCAGAACCGGGCCCCCAGGUCCUGCUGCCUCCAGAUUUCACCGUCUUCACCUACGGCCCAAACGGAUCCCUGAUCACAUCCAGACCACCUGUCCAGAACCACUGCCAGUACCAGGGCUUCGUUCAGGACAUGGAGGGCUCUGCUGUGGCCAUGAGCGUCUGCGGCGGCCUCAGAGGAGUGAUGCAUCUCACCAACGACAGCUACGGCAUCGAGCCGCUAGGCUCCGCCCCCGAGCAGCACCUGCUCUACCGCCUGCAGGAUGUGACAUCACAGCCCCGAGGAUGUGGAACGCCUCACUACAGGCACGACGACGCUACGGAGCACGCUCAGUCCGACCCGGAGGAGAUCCAGCACCGCCGGCGCAGCAGGGUAAAGAGAGCUGUUCUCCACAAGACUCACUAUGUGGAGCUGCUGCUGGUGGUGGACAACGACAGGUUUAAACACAUGAAUGGAAACGAGACGGCGGUUAGAGAGCAGAUGAUUCACCUGGCGAACCUCAUAGACGGCAUCUACACGCAGCUGAACGUCCGGGUGGUUCUGGUCGGUCUGGACAUCUGGACCAAGCAGAACCUGAUCAACACGGAGGGCGGAGCCGGCGAGGUGCUGAGCCGCUUCACCCAGUGGAGGGAGAAGGAGCUGGUUCCCCGGCGGCGCCACGACUCGGCCCAGCUCAUCCUGAUGAAGAGCUUUGGUGUAACAGCAGGAAUGGCGUACGUCUCCACCGUCUGCUCCAGAAGUCACGGGGGAGGAAUCAACGCGUUCCUGAACAACAACGUCGCGGCCUUCGCCUCCAUCGUGGCUCAUGAACUCGGACACAACCUGGGGAUGAACCACGACGACGGGCGGAGCUGCAGCUGCCCCGCCGCCGCCUGCAUCAUGCACUCCGGAGCCACGUGGCGCCGCGUCCUCGGGGUGGCGCUGCCUCUAACUCGUUGUGCGUUUCAGAACGGACAUCCCUGCCGGAACCAGCAGGCUUACUGCUACAACGGGAGGUGCCAGCACCUGGACGGACAGUGCCAGGCCCUGUUCGGACCCAAGGCAACGGCCGCUCCGGACAUCUGCUUCAAAGACGUCAACAGCAAAGGAGAUCGCUUCGGCAACUGUGGCUACCAGCACUUCGGCUACAAGAAGUGUGAGAGCAGAAACGCUCAGUGCGGGAAGCUGCAGUGUCUGAACGUGAAGGGGGGGACGGUGUUCGGCAUCCUGCCGUCCAUCAUCACCACUCCGAUACACGGAGCCACCUGCUUCGGGGUCGACUUCAUGCUGGGAUCCGACGUUCCCGACCCGGGAAUGGUGAACGAAGGGACCAAGUGUGGAGACAACCAGGUGUGUAUGAACUUUGAGUGUCGCAGUGCAGAUGUCCUGAGCUACGACUGUGACGUGGAGACAAAGUGCCAUGGACACGGGGUGUGUAACAGCAACAGGAACUGCCACUGCGACUACGGCCGGGCGCCGCCGUCCUGCAAGCUGUCGGGCUACGGCGGCAGCGUGGACAGCGGACCCACGUGGAACGAUAAGGACACGUCUCUCAGGGACGGCCUCCUCGUCUUCUUCUUCCUCGUCCUUCCUCUGCUGGCUCUGGGAGCGUUUGUCUUCCUGCGCCGCCACGAGCUGCUGCGGCGCCUCGGACUGAUCCGCAGGAAGAGGUCGCAGGGAUACCAGCAUCAAGCUCAGCUGCUGCCGCCGCUGCAGGUGGUGGAGACCAGUGAGACCAGUGAGAGAGCUCCGCCCUUCGCUGCACGGCCGCCGCCGCCGCCUCUAAAACCGAAACCUUCUGCUGCAUCUCAGCCUCUGGUGCCUCAAAGACCCGCCCCCGCGCCGCCCGUUUAGCCAAUCAGGAGCUUCCUCUCGACUCCGCCCUCCUCUUCCUCCUGACCUUCAGUCUGCGCUCUCUGGUUCCUUAGCAACACCCAGGGAGGGAUCAGGGAGGCGGAGCAGCCGGACUGGGACUGGGCCGACAGGUCGGACUGGGCCGACAGGUCGGACUGGGACUGGACCGACAGGUCGGACUGGGACUGGGCCGACAGGUCGGACUCGGACUGGGCCGACAGGUCGGACUGGGACCGGGCCGACAGGUCGGACUCGGACUGGGCCGACAGGUCGGACGGGUCGCAGCAGGACUGAACCGAAGCGGCUCUUUCUUUGGUUCACCUUGACCUGGUCAGGUGACCUCUGCUGUAGCCAAACCAGCCAAUCGGAUAAACCACAUAGCAGCUAAACACACAGUUCAUGUUCAUAAAGCUGUUACUGGAGCAGAAAUAACGCCGAGUUCACUCACUGCCACCCGGAGCAGUUACAUUCAGAUUCCACUGGGGCCGUUACCUGGGCUCCCAGUGUUCCCAGUUACAUGAUGGUAAACCUUAGCAGAAACACUGGCCCAGCUCUGGUGCAGUUUUAUGAUGCAAUCAAUCAAUCAAUACUUUAUUUUGGUAAAUUGCCCACGUUAAACACAAACAAAACAACAUUAACAAACCCAUCAUUUGCCAAAGGGAUGGGCUGAACCCAGCUCAUUCCUACCUGUUUUAUACAACAACCUGCCAAGAUUUCUACACAAACAUAUAUACAUUUACCAUAUGCAAUAAAAUGAUCAUAUUCCUUCAUAAGUUUUACAGAGCAAAUCAUCAGUACCCAUAAAAUGCUAAUAUGCCAUUCCCAUCAGCUGCCGAGCUGUUAGCCUGUAAGCUAACAAUUCAUUAACUGACUGCUAAUAUAGCAACUUAUAGCCUUGAUAUUUAUAUAGAUAAAUAUGGACAGAAAAUACUUUAACUUUCCAAUCAUUCUCUAAAAUUAUUAAAAUAUCCAAUUUGGGUGUUAGCAGCUGAUGCUAACUACAUUAGCAUGCUACGUUAUCGUUCUCCAGACUGAGCAGCAGUAUUUUUAAUCAAACUGUUUAAAACGUUUCAUACAAUGUUUGCGUUAUUACCAAUAAAUAUUAAAAACAUGCUAAAUCAGUAAUAUUUACAACCCUGUCAGAAAACCACCGUAUUUGUCUAGUAAGUGUUAGCAUGCUAACAUUAGCAUCUUCUGUUACAGCAGUGGUGAAUUAGACUUGAUGACAAAAGUUUCAAACACUGUUUCAGUGCUUUUGUGAUAUUUAUUAGCGACAAUUCUGUAUUGUCUAUUAAUUAAAUCAUAUUUAAUAUUUAAAAUAUCAGAAAACCACAAUUAUGUUAGCAUAGCAUUAGCAUCUUCUGUUCCGGUGGCAGUGAAUUAGACUUGAUGAAAAAGUUUCAGGGCUUCCAUUAGUGUAUGUUUUUAACGAUAAUGAAUAAUCUAUUAAUCCAACCAAUAAUCUUUAAUUAUUGUGGAUUUCUUUAUCUGAAAGCCACAAUUAUCUGAGGACUUAUUGUUAGCAUGCUAACAUUAGCGCUUCAGUGCAUCAAGACUUAAUGGCAUGUGCGCUUUUUGUAAAUUUUUGCCAUGUUUUGAAUUUGUCUGGAAACACCAGAAAAAUGUGGCAGAGGGUGUGAAUUUUAACUGUUAGCAUGCUAACAUUAGCAUUGCUGCAGCUGCAUACUGGACUUUACUGGAGUAAUUGUCUACAUCACCCAGUAAAGGAGAUGUUUAAUAAGAAGGAGCAUGACAUCUUGCCAUUAAAAAGAAGGUAGCCUCGCUCUGAUUGGCUGGUUUGUGUUGCAGGGGGCGGAGCCUUCACCUGGUUUCUGUAAUCUUUUCUAGUUAAAGAGCCUGCGUUGUCGUGUUGAACUGCAGCUCCGCUCAGCACUGUCAUAGGAAUGUAGCGCACCCUACAGGCGCCGUGUGGAGGUGCGUUUAGUUUCAGCACCCCGCCCCGCCCGGCUUUCUCCCAGUAUGCAACACGAGGAGCUCAGGGCGGCUCAGACUUUUGGUUUUCCAUGUGUGGUUCGCAGCGUCUGCACGAUUUAUGCAGCAGCGAAGAAAACGUGUCUGCAGCGCUGCACUGACUGGACCUGGACCUGGACCCGGAUCUGGGUCUGGAGCCAUGUCUGGAUCUGGAUCUGGAUCUGGAUCUGGAUCUGGAUCUGGACCUGGAUCUGGAUCUGGACCUGGGUCUAGAUCCAUGUCUGGACCUGGAUCGGGACCUGGUCCUGGACCUGGUUCUGGACCUGGAUCUUUAUCUGGAUCUGGUCCUGGACCUGGUUCUGGACCUGGUUCUGGACCUGGUUCUGGACUUGGCGGACUCUCCCUGCUCUUCUUUGCACAGAACCCUGAGGACUCUGCGUUAGGGCUAACUAACUUUGUGCCAACUGACUCUUGGAUGCCAAACCGAGACGUGAGGCGGGAAGAAGCGCCGGUCGGCGCCGGCCGGGCAGAAGUGUCCAGUCAGCGCCAUCCGGUCAGUGCCGGCCAUCCGGUCAGCGCCGGCCAUCCGGUCAGCGCCGGCUGGUCAGCGAGGAGGAAACGACUCAGAUCUCAUGCUGAGGCUCAAACCAGCUGGACGCUCAGACAUCAUGUUCAAACACGUCGACUCCUCCUGACCCUCCACUAGGACAGGAUUUAAAAGCUGGAAACUGAUUGGUUUUUUAAAAUCAUUAUUUCUCCUCUGUCAUUUCAGUACGGCAGCCAAGAAGGGACAAAUCUACCCUGGGCUCUUAAUCAGAUUUGUACAGAUAAUUUUGACCUCCAGUUUAUUUUGUACCUCUGGUUUGAUGCUGAUUCUGCGACUCGGUGCUUUAGACGCUGCACAUUUCACCAGACGUCUGCGUUUCACAGAAUGCUGCGUAGCUUCUGCUGAGCGGUUCGUCCCGGCCGUAGCUCUGGCUCAGGUGAUCCAUGUCAAGAAUUAAAUAUGAAAAAUAUAAAAUAUCACCCAGAGAUAUCAUCAAAACAUCAGCUGCUAAUACGCGUUUCUUGUUUGGUAAUUUCCAGUGGUGGACACAUUUCUGCUAAUGUGCUAACAUUAGCAACAGCAGAGCUAAUACGUCAUUCUUUUUAGCUUUUGCUAGCUUUGAAAGCAUUUAGCAUACUUAGCUUCCCCUAAAUUAAUUUGUCCAUAUAAAUUAUAAAGCACUGAUUUAAUUCACUGUUUUGCAAAUUGAAUUCAAUUGAAUAAAAUUUGACGCCUGUGAUUUGGACGUUUAUAGUCAUGCUUUUAUUUUGACGGGGGUGAAGAUGCAGCAAUUCUGUUUCCUCACAUUCUAUUUUUAAUCAAGAAACUUUGAGCAGCUGGCAACAAACAAGCAGCAACGUUGGUGUAGCGCUUUAGCGUUAGCUUAUGCUAAAUACCAUGUUGUUUAGCGUUAGCAGAGCUACUGUGUUGGGGCUUUGGGGUUAGCGCAGCUAGCUUUGCAGUUAGCCGUGCCCACCACUAAACCUGCAGGCUGUCAGCAGGGGGCGCUGGUGCACACAGUUGUCACUGUACAAUACAAUAAAGGACCAUAAACACGAAGGUCAAGAAUAUUUCCAUUAAUAAUAAAACUGAGAAUCUGAGAUUCAACUGAAAUUCACUGAAACUGACGAGUUUUCACCAGAGCUUCUGGUUGCAUUUAAACUUUAUACUGUUAAAAGUACGUUCAGCAGAGCAGAAACAGUCAUACUGCAAAUAUAUUCACAGUAAAUAAUAAAUGAAAGAAGUUGUUUGUAGGUGAUCUGCCAGAGGUUAAAGCCAUAUUUUAAAAUCUGAUGGUUCGAGUCCAAACAUGAAUUUGUCUAAAGCUGAUGGGUUUGUUCACCGUGUCGGUCCUUCAGGUCAGAGGAAAUAUUCACUCUUUACGUUUAUAAAUCGAUAAUAUAUAUGGAUAUAAUUCACGGGUGUUGAGGAAUAUGAAGUAGGGCUGAUGGAUGUGAGCUCGUUUCAUUGGUGAACCUGAGAAUCUUAUUUUACUAAAUGGUUUUAUAGGAUUUUUGUUUGUUGAUUCUGUUUCUGGUAAACAUUUCCUGUUUUUAUGUCGGGUUUAAAUAAAACUCUUCCUGCCCCGACUGGAGGUCAGAAGUUCACACGUUCAUUCGUCCGGACAGGAAGUCUGACUGUUUUUAAACGGGGAUGCUGGUGGACCCACUGCGGUUGCUACGGCAACAGUGAUGUAUUUCAGCUCCGUAAUUUAAUAAACUUGAUUAAAUCUGA